CUCUCGCUGCCGGCCGGGCACCUGACCCAGCGGCCCGGCGGGGUCCCGGCACACCCGAGCCGCGUCCCCGAGCACGGCCCAUGGCCUCCCCACGCCUGGGGACCUUCUGCUGCCCCACGCGGGACGCCGCCACGCAGCUGGUGCUGGGCUUCCAGCCCCGGGCCUUCCACGCGCUGUGUCUGGGCGGCGGCGCGUGCCGCCUGGCGCUGGGCCUCCUGCAACUGCUGCCGGGGCGACGGCCCGCGGGCCCGGGGGCCACGUCCACGUCCCCGCCGGCCUCGGCGCGCGCCCCGGCCUCCGUCCGCAUCCUGCGCGCCGCCGCCGCCUGCGACCUGCUCGGCUGCCUGGGGAUCGUCUUCCGGUCUGCGGUGUGGUUGGGAUUCCCCGAUUUCGUCAAGGGCAUCUCAGACGUGAAUGGGACGGACCUUUGGCCUGCUGCGUACUGCGUGGGGACCGCGAUGUGGAUCCAGCUGUUGUAUGGUGCCUGCUUCUGGUGGCUGUUUUGCUACGCGGUCGACGCCUAUCUGGUGAUCCGGAGAUCAGCAGGACAGAGCACCAUCCUGCUUUACCACAUCAUGGCCUGGGGCCUGGCCGUCCUGCUGUGCGUGGAGGGAGUGGUCAUGCUCUACUACCCGUCCGUGUCCAGGUGUGAACGGGAUCCGGAACUCGCCAUCCCGCACUAUGUCACCACAUACUUGCCGCUGCUGCUCGUCCUGGGGGCCAACCCCAUCCUAUUCUGGAAGACCGUGACCGCAGUGGCCUCUUUACUAAAAGGAAGAAAAGGCAUUUACACAGAGAACGAGAGACGGAUGGGAGCCGUGAUCAAGAUCCGAUUUUUCAAAAUAAUGCUGGUUUUAAUUAUUUGCUGGUUGCCGAACAUCAUCAACGAAAGCCUUUUAUUCUAUCUUGAAAUGCAACCAGAUAUCAACGGGAGCUUUUUGAGACCUGUGAGAAAUGCGGCCAAGACCACGUGGUUUAUAAUGGCGAUACUGAACCCAGCCCAGGGAUUUCUCUUGUCUUUGGCCUUCUACGGCUGGACAGGAUGCAGCCUGGAGUUUCAGUCUCCCAGGAAGGAGAUUCAGUGGGAAUCCAUGGCAACCUCUGCCGCGGAGCAGCCCUACCUGUCCCCAGAUGGCUCCAGCGCACCCGGUGAGAGCCUCACUCCCAGGAAGGUGCUGCGACUCGGCGGGCACGUGUCCGACGAGGCCCUGAGCCUGUUGUCUGAAGGCACUGAGGAGACGCCGACCACCUCCCAGCACGUUCUCCGGAACCAGAGCCCGUACUUACCGUGUGUCCUUGGAAGGUUUUGA